GCAACCGAAGAAAUCCCCAAUCUGAAGAAAUUAGGGUUUUGAAAUUAGGACUUUGAUUUAUUAGGGUUUUACAUUUCCUUCCACUCUCGGUGCAAUUCGAUCGAUGGGUCGAUCCCGAGCGGUGGCACAAUCCGCUCCCGGCGAUUCGAACCAGAGUAGAGGUAAGAGAAAGAGAACAGCUUCAGGUGCAGAAGUAGCUGAGAAUAGUAGUGCAGCUCAGAAGGGUUUAGCCCAGGAGCUUAGCGAGCCCAAAGGAGCUUUUUACCAUUGUAAUUAUUGCCAGAAAGAUAUAUCUGGCAAGAUUCGGAUAAAAUGUGGGGUGUGUCCGGAUUUUGAUCUUUGCAUUGAGUGCUUCUCUGUUGGAGUUGAGGUUACACCUCACAAAUGUAAUCAUCCGUAUAGAGUUAUGGACAAUUUGUCUUUUCCACUAAUAUGUCCUGACUGGAAUGCUGAUGAAGAGAUGCUUUUGCUCGAGGGUAUUGAAAUGUAUGGUUUUGGUAAUUGGACUGAAGUUUCUGAACAUGUUGGAACAAGAAGAAGGCAACAGUGUAUCGACCACUAUAAUGCUAUAUAUAUGAACUCCCCUUGCUUUCCUCUCCCAGACAUGUCUCGGGUUAUGGGAAAGAGCAGAGAGGAUCUUCUUGCCUUGUCUGAGGGGUCUGGUGAAAUCAAGAAAGAGCUGCCUAUGUUUAUGGAGAUAACGCUGAAAGAAGAAUCUCCUUUUUCUCCACGAGUCAAAAGCGAAGAACCAAAAAAGACUGCUGCUUCUAAAGCUUCAUCCCACUCAACUGCUGAUGGUGCGUCUGGAGCUGGAAAGAAGGCCUCCAACAAAUUGCAGAUUAAGGAUGAACCUAAAGUCACGAAAGUGGAAGAAUCUCAGCGGACCAUUGGAGGGAAAAAACUAAGGAGUUUAGUGGAGGAGGGCCCUUCUGUGACAGAAUUGAGUGGCUAUAACUACAAGAGGCAAGAGUUUGAAAUUGAAUACGAUAAUGAUGCUGAGCAGAUACUAGCAGAUAUGGAAUUUCACGAUACUGACACUGAUGGUGAUCGUGAAUUAAAACUACGAGUUCUGCAUGUCUAUGGAAAAAGGCUUGAUGAGAGGAAACGCAGGAAGGAUUUCGUACUAGAAAGAAAUUUGCUUCAUCCCGAUCCAUUGGAGAAGAACCUCUCAUCAGAAGUGAGAGAAAUACAUCAGCGCUUCAAGGUCUUCAUGCGGUUCCACUCAAAUGAAGACCACAAGGAGUUGCUUACGAGUAUCAUUGAGGAACAACAAAUUGUCAAAAGAAUACUAGAUCUUCAGGAGGCUCGAGCUGCAGGAUGUAGAACAGCCACUGAGGCAAGCAAUUACCUCGAGCAGAAAAGAAAGAAUGAAAGUGAGGAAAGUUUGCUAAAGAUUAAGGAAAACGCUCAGGCUGGUGCAAGUGUUAAAAUCUUACAACAGAUCAGCCCCCGGGGAGCUGCUAGGGGAUCAGCAAUUCUGCAUCCUGGACCGAAGGACUUGUCAUUAAUUACGCAACCUAUUUCAAACUCCUUGGAUGAUUGGGAUAUCAGUGGACUUAUGGGAGCUGAUUUACUCUCUGAAACUGAGAAAAGGCUUUGCUGUGAGCUCAGAAUCCUACCAUCCCAUUAUCUACACAUGCUGCAGACCAUCUCCACAGAGACUUUGAACGGGAAUGUCAAGAAGAAAUCUGACGCCCACAGCCUCUUUAAGGUUGAUCCAGACAAAGUCGAUAAAGUUUACGAUAUGGUAAUACAAAAGGGACUAACCCUAGCAUAGUUAUAUCUCCACCAUUGUAAUUGUAGAACUCUGUAAAGCAUUAUAUCUUAAUUGAAGAGAAGCCCUAUUUUGUCC